GAGGAGGAGCCCCAUCGCCGAGAGCAACCGCCCGCGCCGGUCUACAUGACUAUCGCCUCCUCUCGCGCGCGCACGACGGCGUGACGACCACCCGCGCACAUGCCCGUCUCCUCUGCUGCUGCUCCUUAAUUUCUCCUCCCGUGCUGUGUCUGGCCCGUCCCGAUCGGCCCACCCAUCAUCCACCCUCCCUUUAAAAUCGCCCGAGGCGAAGCACGGCCCUCUCUCCCCCCAGGCGAGCGACGCCAGGGCCGGAGAGAGGGAACCACACAGGACCGUACGCCGGCAGCAGGCGGCGGCGCAGGAGGCGCUUACAUGGGAGUAGAGGCGGGCGGGUGCGGGCGGAGGGCGGUCGUCACCGGGUUCUACGUCUGGGGCUGGGAGUUCCUCACCGCCCUCCUGCUCUUCUCGGCCGCCGCCGGCGCCUCCUGCUAGAGCGCCAGCAGCUCCCGGCCGGCCAUCAGCAACCGUAGCUUCUUUCCUUAGAUAGCCAAACCGUGCACACAAGUGACCGGUUACUAGUUAGUAGGCAGCCGAGUGGGGGAGGAUACAAACAUAGGCGAGCGAGGUUCGUGUGACCAGCAGCAGGCAGUCGAUCGCGAGCAAGCCGCUAGGCCGGGCCCGGCUGGGAUGGAAGCGGAGGCCGCCGCGGCGGGGCAGCCGGCGUCGUCGAAGCAGAGGGCGACCGGCGGGCCGGCGCCGUUCCUGACGAAGACGCACCAGAUGGUGGAGGAGGCGUCGACGGACGAGGUGAUCUCGUGGGCGGAGCAGGGGCGGUCCUUCGUGGUGUGGAAGCCCGUGGAGCUGGCGCGCGACCUCCUCCCGCUCCACUUCAAGCACUGCAACUUCUCCUCCUUCGUCCGCCAGCUCAACACCUACGUGAGGUUUCCGGAAGGUGGUGCCGGACCGGUGGGAGUUCGCGAACGACAACUUCCGGCGCGGCGAGCAAGGCCUCCUGUCGGGCAUCCGUCGCCGCAAGUCCACCACGCCGCAGCCCUCCAAGUCCGGCGGCAGCGCCGGUGCGAACGCCGCGUUCCCGCCGCCGCUGCCCCCCGCGUCGGGCACCACGUCCGGCGGCGGCAACGAGCGCAGUUCCUCGUCGGCGUCGUCGCCGCCGCGGGCCGACCUCACCAGCGAGAACGAGCAGCUCAAGAAAGACAACCGCACGCUGGCCACCGAGCUGGCGCAGGCGCGCCGGCAGUGCGAGGAGCUGCUGGGCUUCCUCUCCCGGUUUCUCGACGUCCGGCAGCUCGACCUCGGGCUGCUCAUGCAGGAGGACGUCCGGGCGGCGGCCGGGGACGCGCACCAGCAGCAGCAGCGCCGCGCGGCGGCCGACCAGCUGGAGCGCGGCGGCGAGGAGGGGAAGAGCGUGAAGCUCUUCGGCGUGCUCCUCAAGGACGCCGCGAGGAAGAGGGGCCGGUGCGAGGAGGCGGCGGCAAGCGAGCGGCCCAUCAAGAUGAUCAGGGUAGGCGAGCCGUGGGUCGGCGUGCCGUCGUCGGGCCCGGGGCGGUUCGGCGGUGAGAACUAAAAGUCUGGUCUGGAGGACUGGAACUGAUGCGCGCCAUGGCCGGCCGUGACAUUGCCGGCUUUACAGCGAGCGCGUGCCAUAUGUAUCGUGCAAGGUGAGGUUGAUGGUAAGGGUAAUUCCAUCGAUGAACCGAGUAACAAAGGCCGGUGCUGUGGUAAAACUGUAAAUGCAGAACACAAGACACUGGAGGCUCGCGUAACGCGUGUUGGAAUUAAUCAUGGAAUGCUUUAGGGGUAGGAAGAUUGAAAGUAGUAGUAGAGAGGAGUAAAAGGGCUAGGAGGAGCCCCGUGUGUUCAGAAUGGUACAGUAUCAUUUCCAACUAAAAAACCCAGGAUUUCCUAUUUGCAACUUAAUAGUGAUUUCGGUUGAUUCUUGUAGCUGCACGCCUGCACCCUUUAACUUUUCAAAAAAUUGUUAGUCCACACAUAAGGGUUAAGCAGGGUUGACAAUGAGACUGAUUGCAUUUGAAUGUAUUAGUUUAUGAAGCAAGUUUUAUUGCGAGAUGAAAUAAGACUGUAUAUCCAGCAUGGAUCUUAGAAA